UUUUUUUUUCCCUUUUGUUCAAUGGGUGGCGCAGCAGUAGCAGCACACGGCAAGACGUGGCACCAUUACGCUGGCAAGCUGAUGGGCGCCACCAUGUGGUUCUGGGUCUUCCACCGACUGCGCGAGGACGGCGACGUGCUCCUGGGCUAUCGCAAGGCAUGGGAACACAAGGGCCAUCACGGAUCUCACCACACACAAGGCGAUCCCUCGCACCAUUGACAGUGGUCCGUUUCCCCUCCCGCGCGCUCAACAACAUGAAGAACUAUCUCGGCUGCCUUUCUGUCAAUGUUGUCGGAUCAAGCAACGGGUGCCCCUCGUACUGUUGUUGGUUGACCGUGGAUUUUUGAAAAUAAUACAUUUGUGCUACCUC